ACCCCGGUGUUGGCACAAGUGUCCUCACCCUCUGCCACCAGUCGAGGGGUGCAGUUGCUGUGAGGUGACCCAAAAGAAAACAAGUUCAGCCUCAUUCCCUCCUAUGCUUCUCCAGCCUCCAGCUUAGACCCUCCCCAAAACCUCACUGGCCAGCCCCAUUGGUGGAGCGCAGCCUUUGGGACCCCACAGCACUUCCUCUUCCCACCAUCCCUGCUGCACUGCCUUCGCUGCAGGCACCAUGUGGCCUCACUGCCUCUUCCUCUUCGUUCUCCUCCACGAGACAUGGGCAGAAGCAGAAACCUCAUGCCCUCCCCCUGAAGAAUUACAGUUUUUCCAGCUCUUCUACACGUUGGUCUUGGAAAACAUCAGCUCCACAGAACUGACUGGGAUGGCUCUGCUGGCAGAUGUGCCUAUAGGGGUGCUGGACCCAUCCACCUGGAACUUAAACAUCUGCCGGACAUGGGUCCACGAGGUCACAGCACAGAGUGAUGUGAAGAAGAUUCUGUCCUUCUCCAUGGUCGGCAUACGCAAUACGAUUCGGUUCCUGCAUGAGAUGGCUACAAAGGCAGGGUUGGACUACCCGCUGGUUUUCCAGAUCCACGGAGGCUGCAAGCUUUACACCAACGGAACGAGAUGGAGCUUUGCCAACAUUGGGGAAGGUGGCAGAGACCUGGUGACGUACGACCUGAAUAGGGAGCGCUGGCUUCCCCGGAGGUCCACCCCUCUGGCUGAGCUGAUGAGCAACACUCUCACUGACCUCCGGGCCGUGUCGGGGCUUCUGGAGCACAUCUUCUCCACCUCCUUGCCGAACUACAUCCUCAUGCUGCACAAGGAAGGGAAAGCAGAUCUGGAGAGACGAGUGCCACCCAUCGCUGUGGUCUUCGCCCGCACGGCCGGCCCAGCGCAGCUCCUGCUGGUUUGCCGUGUCACCAGCUUCUACCCACGGCCCAUCACUGUCACCUGGCUGCGGGACGGCAAGGAGCUGCCCCCGAGCCCGGCGCUGAGCACCGGCACCGUGUUACCCAACGCCGACCUCACCUACCAGCUCCACAGCACCCUGCUGGUGUCCCCCCGGGAUGGGCACAGCUACGCCUGCCGCGUGCAGCACUGCAGCCUGGGUGACCGCAGCCUCCUCGUCCCCUGGGAAAACCCCAGUGCGUCUUCCACCGUCAUCAUCACCAUCGCCAUCCUGCUCCUCACUGUCAUCAUCGUCGGGGCAGUUUGGUGGUGGAGGCACAGGAAAUACGCUGGGUUUGGAAGGGAUUCCCGGGCAUUCCUCAUCUGAUGGCCACCCUGCUCUGAGACCCUCACUCCCUGCUCCGUUUCCAAACCAGCUGCACUGAUGGUGGUGACAAAGCAGUGCUGCACCAGCAGGGGACAGAGCAGACCGCAGAGGAGCAUGGAGAGACGGCCGAGUGGCGUCCCAGUCCACAAGCCCAGACCCCAUGGUUCAGGAGAAUUCAUUGCCUUGUGACAAAGCGUCCCUCUCCUCUUCCCCUAACCCUGUACUGUGUCCCCAGUCUUGCCCCAGUGUCUCUUCCUCAUCCCAGUGCUCCCACCUCAUCCCUUCUCCUACAUCCACCGUAUGUCCCCCCUCAUAGCCCCAGUCCUGUCCCUGCACCCCUUCUUCAGCCCAUGUCCUUUCACGUCCCAAACUGUCCCCGCCGCAUCCCACCCUGUCCCUCUUCUGCACCACCUGUCCUUCCCAUCCCACGCCCCCAUUCUGUCCCUGUCUCUCUUCCCAGUCCCCACAUCCCUCUACUGUCCCCCGUGUCCCCUAUCCUGUGGCUCUGGGUGAGGUUGCCUUGUCGACCCCCAGCAAAAUGGGGAAGAAUGAGGCAAAACCGUGAA